AUGAGACUUCACGUGGUUCGCUACCCCCUUUCAGCGGCAGUGCCGAUGACUAUGGGAGCAUGCAUGAGUCUUUCUGUGAUGUUGUUUUGUAUUCUUGUGCUUGUUCUGUACCUAAAGUGUUACUGUGAGCUAACGAUGCUGCAUAGACUGCAGAGCUGCCUGCGGGUGUUGCUAGUGGUGCAGACUUUCCUCACAGUAGCGGCGGUUGUAGUCCUCUCUGUUGCGCCUACUGCAUCAGGCCAUGCAUCGGCUACGUUUUCUAACAUUAUCGCGAGUCGCCAAGCCGCGAAUGUGCUAAAGGCAUCUGGCGGUACCCUUGUCGCUGGAUUCGCAUUUUUUGCAACAGAGCACCAAAUGUUUAGAUGGGUUGCACUUUUUGGUGCGGCCACUAUGGCCGGAGUGGAUAUGGUGGACAUGGCUAACGUAGGCCACCUGAUAGGAGUACUGCAAGCAAGCAGAAGUACCCAUGCCUUUGUGGACGACUCAGCUAGGAUCCUUGCAGUCCGAGCACUAAAAACACAAUAUGCUGCAAAGGCGUUUGCCUUCUUUGCUUGGCUGCUUGUGAUCCAAAUGAUAGGGUGUAUAAUGCACGCAUUGGGAUGGUUUGUACUGAAUGAGCUUCCAACUGAUGAAGAGGUUGCUGGACACUUGAAAGAGCUAGCACGCGCCACAAUCAACAGACGGAUUCAAGAAAAGCGGGACCCAGAGAGGUUCGAAGGGGUAAGUAGGAGACUGCUGUUCAACCCGACGGACAAACUGGAAAUAAUGUGGGAUCAAAUGACUGACCAGGCGAUUGGAAGGGAAAACCGGCAAAGCCACCCAAUAUCCACUAAUCCGCAGGGAAGGAUUCCUCCUAAUGUUCAAAGAGAGCUUUGUCAAAUCCUUUUGAAGAUGGGCAUUAAGCGCAGCCAAGUUUAUGAGGUUCUAGAAGACGACGAGUCUAACGACAAUUGA